AUGGUACUUCUUGAAUCAGUGUUGUUUCUUGUUGCCAUCUGUCAUGGAUUGAAUGAAAACGAUAUUCCGGAGAAUUUGAGAAGAAAUUUUGAUCGAAAUAAAGUAAUCCUGCCGGCAUCGCAUCAAAUUGGCGAGUCUCUCUAUGAAAAUGUGACAAUUCGUGCAUUCACGACAGUACUGAAAAGCUUAGCUGCUGAAAGGUGGAAAUCGCUAGCAAAGGAGUUGGCGUCUUAUGAUCAUAAAAAAAGAAUUCGGGAACGGCUGGCAUCAAUGUUGACGAGAGGAAACGCUAUGUUUUUCGGAAGUCAUUCAGUUAAUGAAAUCGGUCCAAACGAAGCCAUGGAUACUGGAGACAAAUCAACUUUACAUCACUUUAAUUCCUUAAUUAGAAGAGACAAUAUUAUUUCGGGAGUCAUACUAGCCGCAAAAGCAUCCGGACAUGACAUCAAGGACAACAAAUCGCUUCGUGUACUGUCUCCACGAAUUGGAAAACAGGAAGAAGAUCAAAGAGAGGUGUCGGUGUUAUCGCCAGACAUUACAUUUCUCGGUCAUCGAGACGAUGUAGAUGUCAACGGCAAAAGUCAGCUACUUGAACUGAUAAUGGAAAUUAGUGGAGCAACAUCCGGAAUGAGGAAGGCGCUCGAGAAUGUGAAAAAAGCGGAUCAGAUGCUAGCGAACGCCGAUGUUCAAAUGACAAAAACGGAUGUCGAAGACGUACUUGGCAAGAAAGAAAGGCAAAAAAUAGAAGUCAUACAAAGCAUGGAAAAGAAGUACACAUCUGAACAGAUGAAUUCGUUUGAAAAACGUGGUUUUGCAUUCAUGACAUCUACGCAAAGGAGACUAGUGUAUGGACCAUCAUCACCGUUCUACGAUAAAUAUGGUGAUCGACGAGCAAGAGGACUAAACGCUGUCGAUCUGGAGAAGAAACUAAUCAAUUUAAUACGAUUACAAGCACUUGGAAUGUCCGACUAUAAUCGACGAAUGAGGAUUGAUCUUAUCAGAUCGCCUACCGUUCUAGCGAAUUUCAAAGGUUUGUCAUACUCGCACAUUCUCGCGCUAAGUUGUGAACAAUUCACUGAAAAAAUCAAUACUUCUUAA